CCCGAUUUACAGCUAUUUUCUUCCCUUUUUUUUCCCUUCUAUUUGUGAUCGCCUGUCCCUACAGAAAUAAGAUAUUCCUGGGGGACUUGGGACAUCACCGGUAUCUGGUGUAUACGAGGUGAGAGACUGGUCUCCUGACGCUGCUCGCGCUGUACAGGAGGUCCGCUCUUUGCGCCUGGUGAACGAUCAGGACGACUGUUGCGCGGCGACUAAGAAGGUCUGGGAGAACAAACCGGAGGACAUUUUGCAGACAGGACGAGACGGCUCUCUAGGUUCUAUUUCGAAUGAACUAGGAGUAUCGCGUAAAGGGCUGGGACACAGGUCACAGAAUGCGAAAGAGACGGUGACACUGGGAGAAAGGAACACGACGACAUGAGGUACCUGAGUUUGCUGGCGCUGCUGAUCGCCUUAUACCCGAUCUUGAUUCUGGCGUCUCCAUUGUCAGUCCGCGCCGAUGCAGCCGAGAAUGAGGAACAGCAGCAGGAGCAGGAGCAGGAAAAGCCCCCAAAGCCUGCGGAGACCAAAUAUUUCCACGAGCCUGGCGGUGAUGAUAUUAUGGGGCACUAUGAUACUCGGUUCUUCCAUGGUGUUGUCUCGUACGACGAGCGGACAGAUACACUCACUCACAUGAUCCGCGCAUAUUUGGAGUUCUUCCGGGAGAAUGGUCUGGAGACAUGGAUUGCACAUGGAACGCUGUUGGGUUGGUGGUGGAACGGCAAGAUGCUACCGUGGGACUGGGACGUCGAUACCCAGGUUUCCGAGGAAACUCUACUAUACAUGGGAGACCAUUUCAACCAGACGAUAGCGCAGUACAUCUCAGAAGAUCGAAAGGUCAAACGGAGGUAUCUGCUCGAUGUCAACCCGUGGUCACGCCAGCGUGAUCGAGGGGAAGGCCUGAAUAUCAUCGACGCCCGUUGGAUCGACAUCCGCAACGGUCUAUACAUCGACAUCACCGGCCUGAGCGAGCUCCAUCCCGACGUCGAGCCCGGAGUUUGGCAGUGCAAAAAUUUCCACAAGUACAACACGGAGGAUCUCUACCCGAUGCGUCAGACGACCUAUGAAGGCGUGCCCGCCAAAGUGCCGUUCAAGUACGACUCGAUUUUGAUCGCAGAAUAUUCCGGCAAGGCAUUGUCCUCGACUCACUUCCAGAAGUACGUUAUCGAUUAUACAUUUUCAUUAUAGAGCCAUUAGCUAACGUUUUGCGCAGCCACACUUGGAGCCCUGAGCAGAAGAUUUGGGUCGCCGAUGAGCCACACAUUGCGGAGAGACAGAAACAGGAGGAAAAGGAACGGAAGAAGCAGCUCGACGAGGAGAAACGACAAGAGGAUCGACAGAAUCAGU